AUGGGUGGUGACCAUAUGACGGUGGAAUACAAAGCUGAAUUCAUCAACUUGAAGGUUUUGGCCGAGGACCGUUCUAUCGUAAUAUGCCAAGUCAGAAGGCGUACCCUCCUCAGGAAUAUGAUGAUGAAAUAUAGUCAACAAGUAGGAAUUCCUGCCAACUUACUUCUUUUCCGUUUCGAUGGUAAGCCCAUCAACGGAACAGACAGACCAUUCAUGCUAGGUCUGGAAGAAGGGGACAUGAUAGAGGUCUACCGACAACAGACUGCGGGCUAAAGAUUACGCUACAAGCAGUUUCACAUUUAUUAUAAUAUAUUUAAUCCAUGGAUCUUGAACCU